AUGAUAACGGCUCCUCCCUCCCCUCUCUCAGGUAAAGAUAAAAAGAAGUCUCUGCUGGACGGGGCUGUUCUGAAACUGAAACCGAGGACCACGCACGAGCUGUCUGUGGAGCAGCAGCUGUAUUACAAGGAGAUAACAGAGGCUUGUGUCGGCUCCUGCGAGGCUAAACGUGCAGAGGCCCUCCAGAGCAUAGCCACUGACCCGGGCCUGUACCAGAUGUUACCCAGAUUCAGCACCUUCAUAUCAGAAGGGGUGCGUGUGAAUGUGGUACAGAAUAACCUGGCCUUGCUGAUCUACCUGAUGCGGAUGGUGAAGGCGCUGAUGGAUAAUCCUACGCUGUACCUGGAGAAAUACUUACACGAGCUGAUCCCCGCGGUGGUGACCUGCAUCGUGAGCCGCCAGCUGUGCCUGCGCCCUGACGUGGACAACCACUGGGCUCUCCGUGACUUCGCUGCCCGCCUCAUGGCGCAGAUCUGCAAGAACUUCAGCACCACCACGAACAAUGUCCAGUCCCGCAUCACCAAGACCUUCACCAAGAGUUGGCUGGAUGACAAGACCCCCUGGACGACGAGGUAUGGCUGCAUCGCAGGAUUGGCGGAGCUGGGCCACGAUGUGAUAAAGACUCUGAUCAUCCAGAGGCUGCAGAUCGAAGGGGAGCGUAUCCGAGCUGUACUGGAAGGACCGGUCGUCAGUAACAUCGAUAAGAUUGGAGCGGAUCACGUACAGAGCCUGUUACUGAAACAUUGCGCACCGGUUGUGGCGAAGAUCCGAUCUCCUCCUGACAACCAGGAGUCCUAUAAGACCGACUAUGGGUACCUGGGCCCCAUUUUGUGUACCCAUGUGGUGAAAGCCCGUGCCCAGGCUGCCAUGCAGGCCCAGCAGGUGAACAGGACAACCCUGACCAUCACCCAGCCUCGGCCCACGCUGACGAUAUCGCAGUCCCCACAAACGUCGCGGGCCCCCAGCAUCAUCAAAGUGCCCAGCUCCAUCACGCUGCCCAUGCAGACUCUGGUCUCUGCCCGGCCGUCCACCCCAACUCAGCCCUCCCCCCCGGCAACCAAGUUCAUCAUGAUGUCUUCGGCGUCGGGUUCCUCCAGCACGCAGCAGCCCAGACCCACCCUGACGAUCUCCCAGAGCCCGCAGUCGUCUCAGCCCUCAACCAGCCCCAGCAUCUUCAAGGUGCCCAGCUCCAUCACACUGCCAAUGCAGACUCUGCUAACCCGCCCAUCCACCCCGACCCAGUCGUCUCCGUCGCCGACCAACUACAUCGUGAUGUCCUCGAGCUCUACUUCCUCCAGCACUCAGCAGGUGAUCACAUUGAGGACAACUCCGUGCGGGACAGGCAGCGUGUCACCUGUCACCACCACAGUCGCCAACAUUCAACCGAUUGUCAAACUGGUCUCUACCUCUCAGACUGCGCCCAGCAGCACGGUGACUGGGAGCACCCAGAAAUACAUUGUGGUGUCUCUGCCCUCAGCCUCGGAAAGCAAGGCCCAGUCCAGUAACAACUCUUUACAGCAGCACUCGCCGAAAUGAGGGGCUUCUGGGAGGGCGAGGGGGUUGGGGGUGUGGGCAGGGGAAGCAAGGAAUGGUUAACCUAAUGUUGCAGACUCUCCUGUUUGUCUGUUCCCCACCCGCGGCACCUCCUUUCUCUCCCUCCUUCUCCCACAGCGCCAACCGAGGAGCAGCAAAGUAGACGGGGAUCGCAGUGUGAGGGAGUCUCUGAGAUGCGUGCGGAUCUAGGCCCACACCGGAAGGGGGGUAUGUGU